AUGCAGGUUGUCCUCCUGGGCCAGAGUUAUUUCUGGAUUUCUUGCCUUGUGCUUGCAGGUUUCAUCACUUUGCAGGUGUGCGGUCAAGUUUCCCAUUUCCAUUGUGAUACCUCUGCUGCGACUGAUAUUAUCCUGCUGGUGGAUGGAUCUUGGAGUAUCGGACGCAACAAUUUUGGACUCAUUCGAGAAUUCCUGGCAUCUUUGCUGGCACCUUUCAAUAUUGCUGAAGAUAAGAUCAGAGUAGGUUUGUCCCAAUACAGCAGUGACCCACGGACAGAAUGGGAUCUGAAUACGUAUUCCACCUGGGAACAGGUGUCCAAAGCCAUUCGGAAUUUGCGCUACAAAGGAGGGAACACUUUUACAGGAUUGGCGCUUACACAUGUCCUAGAGCACAACCUGAAAGAAGAAGUGGGUGCGAGGCCUGAAGCUUCUAAACUCCUCAUCCUUUUGACCGAUGGCAAAUCUCAGGAUGAUGCCAGCCCACCUGCCCAGACUUUGAAGAAUAUGGGAAUCAAGAUAUUCGCUGUGGGGGUAAAAAACGCUGAUGAAACAGAGCUGCGCCAAGUGGCCUCCGAACCCCUUGAGAUGACCGUCUACAAUGUGGUGGAUUUUCCUCUGCUCCGUUCUCUGGUCAGCCGGCUCACAUGGCUCUUAUGUGCUUGGAUCAAGGAGAAGAACCAGAAGAAUAUAGGGGAUCCAAUGAAAACCAUGUCAGCGAAAUCCGGAGUCCACUUGAGCCCAACCAAUCUCCUCUUAAAAGAAGUUACUUCCAGAAGUAUGCACCUCAUCUGGAACCCACCACUCAUAACACCCCAGAGAUACAGAGUGGUCUAUUACCCAUCGCGAGGUGGAAUUCCCAAGGAGGUUGCUCUGGAUGGAGCCACCUCGAGUGUGGAGCUUCUUAAUCUGACACCACAGACGGAAUAUCUGGUUUCGGUCUUCCCUGUUUAUGAGAAUGCUGUAGGUGACGGUCUCAGGGGCAUCAGUUCAACACUACCAUUGUCUGCGCCUCGAUCUCUCAGAACAUCUGAGAUCAGCCACAACAGUAUCAAGCUCAUGUGGGAACCAGUUGAAGGGGCCACGCAAUAUCUUAUCCUGUCUUCCUCAACACCCAACGGUGCCGAAGAUGAUACAAAAGAGCUGAAAGUUGAACACCCAGAAGUUUGGAUCAGGGGAUUGACUCCUAGCACCGAAUACUCCCUAGCAGUUUAUGCGAUGUAUGGAGAAGAUGCCAGCAACCCUGCAAGUAUUCAAGAAACUACUUUGGCCCUGAGCCCUCCAAGCUAUUUGCAUUUCUCCAACAUCAGCCAUAUGUCGGUCCAUGUCAACUGGGAGGCAGUUUCCCAAGCCGUGAAAAGUCACCGAGUUAUGUAUUCCUCCAGCAGAGGAAGCAACGUAGGUGAGGUGGAGGUCCCUGGAAACGCCUCAUUUGCUGUGCUGAAGCCCCUCUCCUCACUGACACAAUAUUUUGUCCGUGUGGUCUCCGUUUAUGACGAAGGGAACUCGUUUCCAAUAAUGGGCAAUUUUACGACAUUAAAGGUGCCCCCACCGAGCCAGCUGAAGGUCACCGAGCUCUCCAGAAGUGAGGUCCAACUGGAAUGGGAAGCAUCCGCAGCUUCUGACGUGGUUCUUUACCAGAUCAAAUGGAACGUGCUUGGAGAAGACGCAGAACGGGAGAUAUCUGUUCCUGGAAACUUGGCAUCUUCCGUUUUGCCUGGUUUGAAAGAAAAUACCGAAUAUAAAAUAUCCAUCCGGGCAUACUACAAGGACGGAGCCCAGAGUGAUACCAUUUCCAUUUGGCACAGAAUCUCUGCCAAGAACCCACCCACCAAUCUCUAUGUGGAUUCGGAGACCCCCAGCAGCCUUCGGGUUCACUGGACUCCUCCGGAUGCUGCAGUUCAGCACUACAGAAUCAGCUACAGUUCAGAACGGAGUCACAGCAAGCAGCAGGAAAUGAUGACAGUCUCUGGCAGGAUUCAGUCCAUUGUUCUUCAUUCUCUCUUGCCUGCUAGAGUUUAUACGGUGACCGUAAUUGCAGUCUACGCUGCAGGAGAGAGUGACCCUGUAUCUGUCAUUGGCCGGACAGCUACAGUCUUGGCUCGAUUGCCCACCAUGAAAGAAUCCCAAUUUUUCAAAACAGAAGGCUGCCCUUCACUUCGCUCUACGGAUGGCCCCAUACAAGGUUUUGACAUGAUGGAGGCUUUUGGAUUGAUGGGCAAGGAUUAUGCCUCCAUCAAGGGGGUUGCUAUGGAACCUUACAUCUUCUUAGGAACUCACACCUACACUCUCUACAGAGAUAUCCAACUAACCCGGAAAACAAGUGAGGUGUUACCUUUUGGACUUCCAACUGAAUACACCCUUACUUUUCUACUCCGCCUUCUACCAGAAAGUCCCCGAGAGGCCUUUUCUAUCUGGCAGAUAACAGAUGAGGACUUCCAGCCGCUUCUCAGCAUCAUUCUUGAUCCUCUUAAGAAAUCCUUGGUGUAUUUCCGUCGUGACCAUGAAGCUGAUAUAGAAGAAGUCACCUUUGAUCAACAGGAAGUGAAGAAGAUAUUCUAUGGAAGCUUUCAUAAGGUCCAUGUAUUGGUGAGCCAUGGCUGGGUCAGGCUCUAUGUUGACUGCAAGAAACUAGGAGAAAAGACCCUUGGGAAAUCGGAGAUCCUUUCAACGGCAGGCUUUAUCACGCUUGGGAAGCUGACAAGAACACGAGGACCACGGAGUGGAUCAGCCAUGCUUCAGUUGCAGUCACUGCAAAUUGUGUGCAGCACUUCUUGGCCGGAGGAGGACCGAUGUUGUGAGAUACCAGCUUCGAGGGAUGAAGAAACUUGUCCCAGUUUGCUUCCUUCCUGCAGCUGCACAUCUGAUAUCCCAGGACUUCCUGGGCCUCCAGGCCCUCCGGGCAAUCCUGGGCGAAGGGGUAUCCAGGGAGAACAGGGGGAGCCUGGCCCCAAGGGGGAACCAGGUCCUCCAGGCCAAGCUGGACCAAAAGGGCUAGGAGGACAACAAGGGACCACUGGUUCACAAGGAUUAACCGUGCAAGGUCCCAUUGGACCGCCGGGUCUUAAGGGCGAUAAAGGGGACAGCGGAAGUCCAGGAAUACAGGGUGUGAUGGGUCUCCAGGGAGCAGCAGGUAAAGAUGGCCCUCAAGGAUCAAAGGGUGUUCGAGGACUUGAAGGAGCAGCUGGACCACCAGGGCCUCCAGGACCACGGGGAUUCCAAGGCUUAGCAGGGGCCCGGGGUAACCCUGGAGACAAAGGCCCCCCAGGAGAAGUCGGACCCACGGGGCUGCCUGGUCCAAAAGGAGAAAGGGGGGAGAAAGGUGAAGCACAGUCCCUGUCUACCAUCUACCAUCUAGUAAACCAAGCUUGUGAGCGUCUGAUCCAGUCUCAUGUGUUAAAGUUCGACACUUUCGUUCACGAGCAAUCGCGGAAACCUGUCCCCAUCCGGGAGGAGGAGGAACCGAAGGCUGGAGAGCCUGGUCCAAUGGGUCAGAUUGGUUUCCCUGGAAUUAAAGGUGAAAGAGGAGAAAUUGGGAUGCCUGGACUUCCAGGAAGAAACGGAUACCCGGGAGAAAGAGGUGUCCCUGGGCCCAAGGGAGAAAAAGGCUCUUUUGGACAAAGGGUGGAAGGUUCUGAAGGACCAAGAGGUCAAGCAGGCCCUCCAGGAGAAAUGAUGGUUGGCCAACAAGGCUCCAAAGGACCUCCAGGUAGCAUUGGUCCCUCUGGAUUUCCCGGGGCUCGUGGUCAGCCUGGGGAUUCUGGUCCUGCAGGUAGAUGUCUUCCUACAGGAUGCCACAGAGAUAGUAGAAGAGGGCUGAUCCCAUGA